CUUGACAGAUAUUAGCUAUCUGGAUGGGAGGAGAGGGAGUCGGGCGAAGACAAACAUGAACAAGUUGAAGUCCUCACAGAAGGAUAAAGUUCGCCAGUUCAUGAUUUUCACUCAAUCCAAUGAGAAGACUGCACUGACCUGUCUGUCACAGAAUGACUGGAAACUAGAUGUUGCCACGGACAAGUUUUUCCAAAAUCCAGAGCUUGAUGUUUCACAUCUAAAGGGAGCCUUAGACAAGAAAAAGCUUGACCAGCUCUACAACAGAUACAGGGAUCCUCAUGAUGACAACAAGAUUGGCAUUGACGGCAUCCAGCUGUUCUGUGACGACCUGGGUUUGGAUCCAGCCAGUAUAAGUGUCCUCCUCAUAGCCUGGAAGUUCAGAGCAGCAACGCAGUGCGAGUUCUCUAAACAGGAGUUCAUGGAUGGCAUGGCUGAGCAGGGGUGUGACAGUAUAGAGAAGUUAAAAGCUCAGCUGCCGAAAAUGGAGCAAGAGUUAAAGGACCAGUUGAGAUUUAAGGAUUUUUACCAGUUUACAUUUAAUUUUGCAAAGAAUCCAGGCCAGAAAGGUUUGGAUUUAGAAAUGGCUAUUGCAUAUUGGAAUUUAGUACUGGCUGGACGAUUCAAGUUCCUGGAGUUGUGGAACAAAUUUUUAGUUGAACAUCACAAAAGAUCAAUACCUAAGGACACUUGGAACCUCUUACUAGACUUCAGCGCAAUGAUCACAGAUGACAUGUCGAAUUAUGAUGAGGAAGGAGCUUGGCCCGUCCUCAUUGAUGACUUUGUGGAGUUUGCACGGCCACACAUCGGCACCAAAAGUACAGCAGUUUAAGGGCUGAGUUCACUGAACCAACAUCCAUGUGAGGAUUCCACAGAGCAGAGGACACACUGAAUGGAAGACAAGUGGACCACACUGAGCUGAGAACUAUUUUUGCCUUUUCAACCCUCAGGACUGAAAUAUUUUACACAGCAGAGACUUUAUAUGUGUGUGUAUGUACAUAUAUAAAAAGGCAUAUCUUUGUUGUUCAACUUGUGGUGGUUUGGAACUUUUAUCUCAAGUAUUAAGGGUUUUUGUGCGCUCAAGCCAACUACGGAGGAGUCAUCGUCUACGCCCAUGUGUUAGGGCUCCGCUAGAUAACACACUCUUGAAUUAAAUAUAAACACGAGGGGUUUGUGAGGGGAUGUUGAUCUUUAAAUAUUCAAUUUUAACACUCGUCCAUUGCUGAUUUUCCUUUCAUUUUAUAAUACAUUUGUGUGACAAGUCAUUGAUUGUAAUUUUUUAAGGAUGAUUCUGUUUGUUCAACACAAAUGUUCAAAGAUAAAAUUAAAUGUUUCAAUUUGGUAUCUUUAAAGUUA